AUGCUCAAGGCCUACCCCCACCUGAAGGACCAGGAGGCGCGCAACCACCUCGGAAAAUUCGGCGUGAGCGGCCCCCUGGCGCUGCAGCCGCUGUACACCCUCAGCGGAGGGCAGAAGAGCAGGGUCGCCUUCGCAAAGCUCACGUUCACCAAGCCGCACCUGCUGCUGCUGGACGAGCCCAGCAACCACCUGGACAUUGAUGCGGUGGACGCCCUGAUAGAGGGCCUGGCCCUGUUCAAGGGCGGCGUGCUCAUGGUGUCGCACGACCAGUACCUCAUCGAGUCAACGGUCAACGAGCUGUGGAUGUGCGAAGGGGGGCAGGUCAACCCCUUCCACGGCACGUUUGAAGAGUACAAGGCGCGGCUCAGGACCAUGAGAACAUGA